AAUCCCAAUCCCUUCGUUUUCUUUUCUCUCAGAACACUUUUUUCUUCCACUUUCUCUCCAUCCAAACUCCAAAAUCGGAGAUCGAAAUCAUCGUCCAUGGCAACUUUGCGAGCAGUUUCCAACUCUGUGCGAUUAUCCUGUGCGAGUCCGACUAAUUCCUCUGUUAAUCGGCCUGUUUCCAUCAAGCUUCCUGGUCAAUUGUUCACUCAGACCUCCAAGCUCUUCUCCGCUCCGAAGAAGAAUCUGAGUUUCUCCACAUCUGGAAGAUCGUUCUCUUGCCGUAGUCAGGGCAGCGCCUCUGAUUCUCCUAAUCCGAGUAAAGUUCAGGAACUAUAUGUUUAUGAAAUCAACGAGAGAGAUCGUCAAAGUCCUGCAUAUCUUAAGUUAAGCCAGAAGAAUACGAAUGCGCUUGGCGAUCUGGUUCCCUUUACGAACAAACUAUACACCGGAGACCUACAAAAACGGGUAGGGAUAACGGCAGGGUUGUGCAUAUUGGUGCAAAACAAACCGGAGAUGAAAGGUGACCAUUACGAGGCCAUCUACAGCUUUUACUUUGGGGAUUACGGUCACAUAGCGGUGCAGGGGCCUUACCUCACCUAUGAGGACACGUACCUGGCUGUGACUGGUGGGUCAGGGAUUUUCGAAGGUGUGAGGGGUCAGGUUAAGCUGCAGCAGAUCAUAUUCCCUUUCAAACUCUUCUAUACCUUCUACUUGAGGGACAUUGGGGACUUGCCUGCCGAACUUGUUGUAAAGCCCACCGAGCCCAGCCCAGCUGCUGAGCCCACCGCAAAUGCCAAGGCUUGCCACCCUCAUGCCACCAUCUCUGGUUUCACCGACUAGGGUUGGGUUACUGAAUCGAACCCGGUCGGCUUGGGUGGUGGUUUCCUUUGUCUAUUUUGUAAACCAAUCUUUUUUUUUUUUUUUUUUUUUUUUUUU